AUGGACUUGACAGGACGCACCAGUGGUUCUUCGAAUUAUACAGACGAGGAUCUUGGUAUUCUAUUUGAAAUUCUUCGGCGCAACCUUCCUCUUGGCCAACAAGCUUGGUCCCGAUCAAAAUCACUCGAACUCAAAUACAAGCAACUGGUGAAGACAACGAAACCCACUGGGGAUGCGGAGCUGCCUCGGAAUGUGGAGGAGGCUCUUGAGAUUGAAGAAUUGAUGAACGACAAGGCAGGAACGUGUGAUCUUGAUGACUCGGAUAUAGGUGAUUUCGAUGAUAAUGAUUCAGACUCAGAGUCAGAUAACAAGAAUGCACCAAUGCGGAAGAAAUCAAAGGCAACUGUUAAGAAGCAGUCCAGUGCUACUGGACGACAGACAUCAGUAACCCGCAGCAGAGACUUUGUAGAUACUCUUUCAGCAGCUUUGCAUCCUGUUGCACAGACAGCAAGGGCUGAGGAGCAGUCAUCCCGUACUUUACAAGACACCAGCAUGUUGACCAUGUCUAGCCAGCUUCGAGAACUUCAACGCACAACCGAAAAUCUCCGCCAAUGUCUAGAUGAAUUGCAGAGGGAUUUAAUGCAGGCUGAGCAGUGUGCUGACUGUGCCAAGAUGCAUGCCGAUUGUUUGGAGAUAAUGUCUGCUGUUAUGCAGACUCCUGUAGCUCCUGCUCAUAGUUUCCGCCCUCCAUCUUGUGCUGUUCCUCCUCAUGCUUGUGUAUGUAAACAAGAACCAGCCCCUGAACCUGAGCGUUGGGUGAGGCAGGAAAUACAUUAUCCCAAAGGAGGAUGCUCUUCUCGUUCGUUCAACGUAGAUGAAGACAUUUCAAGCCCAGGCAGGUAUGAGGACUAUAACCAAGAAAAUCUUGAACCUGGGGCUUGUGUGUGUUAUUCUGAUGUUCAGACGCGCUUUCCUAUGUCAAUUCACCCUCCUCGUACACCUCCUCGGCAUCGAGAUAAAAGCUCAAUACUUGAUGUGAUAGUCUCUCCAGGCUCUGUGGCUGGAUCUUCUGGCCACCAAGCUUCAGUAUCUGUUUCUGUUACUCCUCGUCACCUGCAUCACCAUAAAGAUUCUUUCCCGACAUUUGAAGCAUCCCAAGGCGACUGUGACAAACAUUCUCAACCUGACCGUGAAAGCUUCUAA